AUGUAUGAUACAGUAAAAGGAUCUGACUGGCUUGGAGACCAAGACGCCAUUCAUUACAUGACACGCGAAGCUCCUCGAUCCGUCAUUGAGCUCGAAGGAUAUGGCUGUCCAUUUUCGAGAACGGAAGAUGGUCGGAUUUAUCAAAGAGCAUUUGGCGGUCAGUCACAGAAGUUUGGCAAAGGCGGACAGGCCUACCGUUGUUGUGCCGCUGCCGAUAGAACUGGCCACGCCCUCCUCCACACUCUGUAUGGUCAAUCGUUAAACUACAACACCAACUACUUCAUCGAGUUUUUUGCUCUCGACUUACUGAUGGAGGAUGGCGAAUGCCGAGGAGUCCUCGCAUAUAACCAAGAGGAUGGGACUUUGCAUAGAUUCCGCGCCGCUAACACCGUCCUAGCCACCGGAGGUUACGGACGAGCAUAUUUCAGCUGCACUUCAGCUCACACUUGUACGGGUGAUGGCAUGGCUAUGGUCGCUCGUGCAGGAUUGCCCAAUCAGGAUCUCGAAUUCGUUCAGUUUCACCCAACUGGUAUCUAUGGUGCCGGAUGCCUGAUCACAGAAGGCUCACGUGGGGAGGGUGGUUAUUUGUUGAAUUCCGAGGGUGAACGAUUCAUGGAGCGAUAUGCGCCCACCGCCAAGGAUUUGGCCUCUCGAGAUGUUGUUUCGAGAUCGAUGACCAUGGAAAUCCGCGAAGGGCGUGGCGUUGGCCCUGAGAAGGAUCAUAUUUAUCUACAACUGAGCCAUCUGCCUGCGGAGGUACUCCACGAACGUCUGCCCGGUAUCUCCGAGACGGCAUCGAUCUUCUCCGGUGUCGACGUCACCAAACAGCCAAUUCCUGUGCUUCCCACCGUUCACUACAACAUGGGUGGUAUCCCCACCAAAUACACUGGCGAGGUUCUUCGAAUCAAUGAUCAAGGCAAAGACGAGGUCGUCCCCGGUCUCUUCGCGUGUGGUGAAGCCGCAUGUGUCAGUGUCCAUGGCGCAAACCGACUUGGAGCCAAUUCUUUACUAGAUUUGAUUGUGUUUGGCCGGGCAGUUUCCCACACCAUUCGCGACAACUUCUCACCCGGAGCACCUCAAAAGGAGCUGUCAUCGGACGCAGGCGCAGACUCGAUCAACGUGCUUGACACUGUCCGAAAUUCAAGCGGUCCAAGGAGCACCAACGACAUCAGAGCAGCAAUGCAAAAGACCAUGCAGACUGAUGUCAGCGUGUUCCGAACCCAAGAAUCGCUGGAUGAAGGCGUGCAGAAGAUCACUGAGGUCGACCAGAUGUUCGAUCAAGUGGGCAUCAAAGACCGCAGCAUGAUCUGGAACUCGGAUCUGGUGGAGACUCUAGAACUGCGGAAUCUACUGACUUGCGCCACACAAACAGCGGCAUCAGCGGCCAAUCGUAAAGAAUCCCGCGGCGCGCAUGCUCGUGAAGAUUUCCCGGAGCGCGAUGACGAGAACUGGAUGAAGCACACCCUCUCGUGGCAGAAGACUCCCCAUGGUAAAGUUGAGCUUGGGUACAGGGCAGUGACUGGUACCACUCUGGAUGAGAAUGAAUGCAAGGCUGUACCACCCUUCAAGAGAACAUACUAG